UUACCUCCGCACCGAUCUCAUUCCCACCAAUUGCAAGAGAAUAUACGUACGACUACGCAAAGAACUACCACCACCAUGUCCAUGUUCACUAAGUCCACUCGCAUCGCGACCGCAAGACUCCCGAGUCGGCUCGCCCGGCAACACCUGCAGCAAGCUGCCUUCCGCACCAGUACUACCACCGCGCAGAUCCGUCUGAACAGUUCAUGGGAGGGCACCAAGGCCGAGGACCACGCCGUCAACCGAACUAAGAAGGGCGAUACUACCGAUGUUGAGACUGACGCCUCGCGGCGGGGUCAGGAGGACCGCGAGGCUAGCCACGGGCUGCCGGACAGCUCCAAACAGGGGGCGGCCACCGAGCGCGGCGGGUUGAAGCACGAGCGUAAGGCCAAGAAGGAGCAUCCGCGGGCGCCCGAGCCGAUCAUCGGGAUGAACGAUGAGAGAGGACAGCGAGGACACUAAAAGCCAAUGACUGGUAUUUUCUGGCUUCACGAAGCCAUUGUACCAAUCGGGUUCAUUGCGGUUCCGAACGCCCGCGUUUUAUUCAUGAUUGUAGCAUCGUCUCGGUUUAUUUCAUUAUCAUGUUCACUGUACAUAGAUUGGACAGGAGAGAAAUCUAUCUGCCAGGUUUAAAGGAAA